AUUUUUUAUUUUUGUUUUUCCCCCUGAAACUUUUUUUUGUUUGUCUUGUUUUGGUACGAGCAAAAAUAAUGGGUGGGCUGGAUUACUUAUAAAUAUUGGGCAUUUAUUUUGAAACCCAAACGUCAUCACGGUUUGUAUUGGAGCGCUGUCAUUGCCUGAGAUCUCAUUGUAGAUUUUGCGCCUUUAACGUGUUUAAAAAUAGAGUGUCUCACAUUAAUAGGUUCAUGUCUGCCUUAAUUGAUGACAUUUGACGUUUAGUAACAUUGGGCUAAUUUUUUACCAAAAGAUAAACAAAGCUGCCCCGGAAGCUCUUCGUGCGCGUGCCACGUCAGAGCUACAAACGCGUUGUCCUCCCUGCUGCAGUCUGAGCAGCCGUCCACAGUUUCCUCUGGCUGUCAUCAUGCUGUGUCUGGGACUGAGCUGUUUGCUGCUUCAUGUGUUUGCGGUGUUUGGGACUGAGCUCACAUUUGAGCUCCCUGACAACGACAAGCAAUGUUUCUACGAGGAACUAGAGAAAGACGUGAAGUUUGAAAUAGAUUUUCAGGUCAUCGCAGGGGGCAACUAUGAUGUGGACUGCUUUGUCACUGAUCCUCAAGACAGUGUCCUGUAUAAUGAGAAGAAGAAGCAGUAUGACAGCUUCUCCCACACCACAGCCAUGAAGGGAGUCUACAAGGUCUGCUUUAGCAAUGAGUUCUCCACUUUUACACAUAAAACAGUUUACCUGGACUUCCGCCACGGAGACGAGACCCCUCUCAUGCAGAGCAUGAAUGGAGCUACAGCACUGACUCAGUUGGAGUCAUCUUGCGUCUCCAUUCACGAGAUCCUGAAGGUGGUGGCUGACUCGCAGACGUGGUACAGGCUAAGAGAGGCACACGACCGCACAAAGGCCGAGCAUCUCCUUGAGCGGGUGACCUACUGGUCCAUAGGAGAAACCGUCCUGCUGUUUGUCAUCGGCGUCGGUCAAGUCAUGUUGCUCAAGAGCUUCUUCAGUGAGAAGAAAGGCACCGUGGCGGUUUCCACUUAAAACUGGUAGUCUUGAUGUGCCCUCAGGUGGAACCUUGUCAAUGUGAACACACAAGUGCUUCAGAUUAGCACACAUCUUGUAGUAUUUUCAGCAAACCUUUCUGUUAAAGGGAUAGUUUUUACGUUUUCCUUCCUACCAAGUGUCAAACUUGUGAAUGCCUUCUUCGUGUGUGUUGUUUAGUUUUCAACACGCUGAAUUGAGAGGAAACAACACUCGACAGGGUGUUGCACGGAUUAUUUAUUGUAUUUUUAUGGUACAACAUAAAGCAGGUCUAGUUUGAUGAAUGAUCUGAAUUGUAUCACAAUAGGUCCAUCAUGGAUUUUCAUCUGGAUGCUCUGAUUACAUGAGAUGUUGUGGCGCAUCAGUUGUUUCUGAAUGUUAGUUGUAAUUGUUUUAUGGCGUGUGUUAUGUUAUAAACUUAAUUUAUGAGUGAAACAUUGUUGUAAAGAGGUGCUAAAGAGCUCUGUGUCCUUAAUGUCCCCAUGCCUCUCAAAAAAGUGCCUUAAGAAAUCUUUUUUUUUCUUUUCCUACCAAGUUGAACGUUUACAGUUUGAAUUUGUCUGUCGAGUACCAUCCUGUUGUUAAUGACUGAUUCGAUUAUAAGUUUUUGUUUUUAUGUUAUACAUUUGGGUGUGAUUACAGGAACAUUGUUAUGCAACCAAUUGUUAUUCACUAAGAAAGUUAUUCUUGCAGCCCUAUAUGUUUAUCUAUCUCUUUAUUAUUUGUAACACCUGUCAACAGAUUUCAAUAAAUUUUGGUGGAGAGUAA